GGCAAAGGGGAAGUGGAUUAUGUUUGCAUAUAUAGUGAUCCCAAACACCAGUGAGCAGAAGGAGUCGCUCGUUGGAGGAGUCGAUAUGAAGCUGUCGUCGAUCGUCAAAGCUUUGGGGUCUCUGUGUCUGCUGUUUGCGGAUGGAGCUCCAGUUUCUGAGGAUGAAUCUCCGGAGAUCAUCGGACCAGCUCGCGUCCAAAUAAAAGUUCAUCCAGGUGAGCAGCUGCUUCUUCACUGUGAUGCGUUUACAAACUGUGAAGAUGAUGAGAGUCUCAUCUACUGGCUCGUCAACGGCUCCUUCCCCGAGGAUACGCUCAGCAGUGGCAGAAUAGUGGAACUAAGCGAAUCAACUUUAGAGGAGGGGGCAAUCCUACAGAGGAGUUUGCUGCUGAAGAACGUCACCUCAGAGGAUCUCAAAUCCACCUUCACAUGCGUUGUGACAAAUGCCGUGGGAAUGGCCCAAAAGAACAUCAAAUUAACAGCAAAGACUGGUCGCUGUAGCAAUAACUGACCGGAAACACAGAAUGGCACUGGUGGAUUUCAGAUUUACUUCACAAGAGUAACUGUUAUAUGUGAAAUGACUUUGUGUUGUACUGUUGGGAGGAUGAGGAAAUGUCCAACAUCUGGGCUGCAUUUGGUUCUGGCAAAUUGUUUAUCCUUUUGAUAGAUUCCCUUCAGUCAGGCCAGUAAACGCAAUAAAUGACUCAUUCUACACCUCUGGGAAGGAACCAAUACAAGAAAACCAAAGUGAAACUGUCCAGCAACACGUGGAUACCCCUUAUAUAAAUAUAACGGUGCUUUUGAGGAUCCUCUUGUUUGUCUCUGGAAACCAAAGAGGCAACACUUCAUGUGGAACUGAACACACCCGCGUCAUACCUGCAGUAAACCGUCAACAUUACUGUAUGGCCACGAUAAUUUGCUAGUUAUUUUCUAUAUUUGUGUAUCGUACUGUUUGUUGACAACGAUCUUAACUUUGUAUACUUUUGAACCAUGAGAAUUUACUCCAUCAUAAGACAAAUCAAUCAAUUUUUUUUGACAAACUCAGGUGUGUGCUGCUGAUGAAUCCUUGCAGUUGUUUCACUUGAGGUUUGUUGUUAGUCCUACUUAAUAGAUGGUAUUUAUUCCUCAGCAUCGUUCAGCUGGGAGGCCAACACAGUUUCAUAGGUGCAGUCGAGAUGCAAGUGUCCGCUGUGAUGUUUGAUGGUGGUUGAUUUAAUACAUGUUUGUUUUUGUUUUGUAUUCAACUGCAGAUGUAAUUCUCCCGUUAAUAAAUUAAAUGCUAAAAGCUACAGCUAUUACCUUCAUAUUUUUGUUUUUUUAAAUGGCAGUCAUUGUUGCCUGAGAAGAAUAAAUAUCUGUAAGUCU